GCUCGAGCUCGGACUCGCUCCCAGUUGUCCCAUUGCCAGAACCUCUCCCGACAACGGUAUCCCGGCCCCUCAAAAACACCCACGAGAGUGGCAGAUUGAUGGCUGGCCUUUCCAGAGCCAGCCAUAGAUCCGACAUCCAUCGGGGCUCCAUUCCAUGGCGGCCCAGAUUAAUCUCCGCGAGCAGGGCCUGACCGUGUUGCACCAGGCGGAUCAUCCCAAGGUUGAUAUCGUGUUCGUCCAUGGAUUCACGGGCCACCCGAAGAACACCUGGACCUGGCAAAGGGCGAAGCAUGGGCCAUCCCACCAAAAGAGGAAGCACGACCCAGGGGAGGGAUCCUCUUCGGGCGGAGUCCGAAAGUUCCUCAAAGUGACAUUUCGCAAGAAGGACCGAAGUCCAUCACCAACCGCUACGUCAUCCUCGACUCCGGACCCCAGCUCCUCGGAGACGACCCGCGCGGCAGCAACCAACGCCGGCACCGAGCGACAAAACAUACCCGAAGAAGUUUACUGGCCAAAAGACCUUGUCCCCACAACCGUCCCCGACUCUCGAAUCUUCACAUACGGUUACGAUACCAACAUUCGACACUGGGCCAAGGGCCCAAUCAGCAGCAAAACAGUCUACGACCAUGGCUGGGAUCUGCUUUGCUCUCUCGAGGAAGCCCGGCGUGGCGCAGGCGAGGGAUGUCGUCCAAUCCUCUUCGUCGCCCACAGCCUUGGGGGAAUUGUCGUUAAGGAGGCUCUGCGCAGAUCGAGACGAGCCGCUAUGAUCAAGCCCCAUAUCCACGCCAUCUUCGAAGCCACCCUGGGCCUUAUAUUCUUCGGUACCCCACACCGAGGUGCAAAUCCAAGGCGCUUCCUUCACCAUGUCUUGACAGUGUCGAUCCAAGCUGUCGGGGUUAAAACCAACGACAACAUCGUGAACACCCUUAUGCCUCAUAACCCUCAUCUUAAGGACCUUAGUGACGAGUUUGCUAUUCUUUGCGUCAAUAAGCAGUGGCCAGUGUACUCGUUCCAGGAAGAGUACGGCGUCACCCUACUCGGUGGAGCCAAGGUGGUGGAUGAUGACUCGUCAUGUCUCAAUGACGUUAGGAUCGAGACUAAACGUCACAUCUCGAGCAACCACAUGGACAUGUGCCGCUUUUCGGGACUCGAGGAUGCCCGAUACAACAUGGUUUCCGCCGCCUUGACAUUCAUCAUUGGCACCGCCACAACACUUGACACCCGCCACGAGACACCCCAUCAGGCCCCGCAGUCCGGAUUACCAAUGGCCCCAACGCCGCCAACUAUCUACUCGCACUCCACGAUCCCGGCGAGUUCCACGGAGAUUGUGGUUGGCAGUGAUCUCGGUCACGACGGUGGCCCUGCCGAGCUUCCGUUUGCAACCAACGCCGACGAAGAGAUGGAAGAUAUCCAUGGCAGGGAGGUGGAAAGAAAGACCUCGAGAGAGGCGCCUGUGCGGACCCACAGGAGCCCAGGCGACGCACAACCCAUGGGUCGCAUCGAUGCCGCUACGAAGUCCGGCCUCGUCAACCUACUAUUCUUCUCCGAGAUUGACCAACGUCUAACAGGCUUGACCGCAGCCCAGGGGAAGACGUGUCGCUGGUUUCUCUCCAAACCGGAAUACCGAGCCUGGCGCGACCUGGGAAACCAGUCAGAGGACAGCACUUUCCUCUGGAUCAAGGGCAAUCCCGGCACGGGCAAAUCGACCCUCAUAAAGUUCCUUUUCGAGCAGGCGAGGGAGGAAUCUAAAGGAAAUCCUAUGCGCAUCACUCUGUCAUUCUUCUUCCGAGCACGCGGUUCAAUCGAAGAGACGACAACGGUCUACCUCUACCGCUCGCUUCUUUAUCAGCUUUUUCAGCCGCCGAUGGAGGACUUGACCGACGGUUUGGAGUGGAUGACGGCGCCCGGAGCACGAGGAGUACAGGAAAAAGGAUGGGACGAAGAAACGCUGAAGCAGACACUAAAACACACGGUCUCCAGGUUGGGGCAUCGCGCUGUCACCAUACUCGUCGAUGCGUUGGACGAGUGCGAUCAGACUCAAGUUGCCAAGAUGGUUUCGUUUUUCGAAGAGCUGUGCGAGCACGCAAUGGGAUCAGGGAUCAGCCUGCGCAUUUGCUUCUCCAGUCGGCACUAUCCCGCAAUCGUCAUUCAAAGGGGCGUCGAGCUCAUCUUGGAGGCUGAAUCGGGGCAUACUGAUGAUAUCGAACAGUUCAUCAAGGCCAGAUUGAGGCUGGGCAGUCUAGGCAAGACUGCCAAGGCUGCGCCGCUUCGAGACGAGAUUCGGGACAAAUCGUCGGGCAUCUUCCUUUGGGUCGUCUUGGUCAUUGAGAUCCUCAACCAAGAGCCUAUUAACAGCACCGCCUCCAUCAAUGCCUCGAUCGAUAAGCUCAGCAGGCGGCUUAAGGAAAUACCGCCUGGCCUUCACGACCUGUUCGAAAUGAUUCUUGCGCGGGAUGGCAACGACCUAGACCAGCUCGACCUGUGUCUUAAAUGGGUUCUUUUCGCUACCCGUCCCCUCAAACCACAAGAGCUGUACUUCGCCGUCCAGUUUGGCCUCGACAAGGACACCUCGGGUCUCUGGGACCGUGAGGAGAUCGUUGAUGACCAACUCAAGGCAUUCGUCAGCUCCUCCUCCAAAGGGUUGGCCGAAGUCACGCGCAACAAGGCUGCUCAAGUCCAGUUCAUCCACGAAUCUGUCCGGGACUUCUUGUUGGGCCGAUACGGGCAGCAGUGGUCCGGGGCUUCCGUCAACUUUGAGGGACACAGCCACGAUGUUUUUAGGGAUUGCUGUUGGGCCCAGCUGAACGCCCCCGUCGGCCUGACCGUCGAUAUCCCCGACGAGCCACUGGAGAAGACCGAAGCAGCAAGGACAAGGGCGGCCCUGCGGCACAACUUUCCGUUCCUCGAAUAUGCGGUUUUUGGCGCUCUCGCCCAUGCCAACAGCGCUCAGCAGCACGACGUAGAGCAGGGGAGAUUUCUGCAAACCUUUCCACUCUCCCAGUGGGCCAUGUUCAGCAGCGCUCUCGAACAGUUUGCCGUUCGCCGAUACUCCAAAUCAGUCGACCUCCUGUACAUUCUCGCAGAAAGGAACAUGAGUCACCUUAUUCCUCUCCUCUGCUCCGACCCUAAAACGUUCUUUUCCGCAGGGAAAGAGCGUUACGGCCCGCCGAUUUUCGCCGCCCUGGCCACCGAGAGCCACGAUGCAGUCGCGACAAUGCUGCAAGGUAUUCAGAAGACAUACCAGCACCUACCUCCGCCACUCCAAACCCUUGCGGAACACCAUUUUAAGGACCUGGCGGCACUGUAUCUCCGCAACAGAGGCCUUCACCGCCGUUUCCCACGCGACAUGGUCUUUUCAUCACGAAAAACCCUCCUAUCCUACAUGGUCCCGGUCAUGGAUGGGUCCGAUAUGAACAGCACUGGUGCGGCAAUAUUAUUGGCCUACUUGCUUCUGAGCCCACCAGACAUCGAUACAGCGUUGCUAUUUUGUGCAACGGUACUGGGCUACGACAGCAUAGUCCAGUCUCUGCUCGACACGGGGCAGCCUGAUCUCAGCGCGAAAGAUGAGGCAGGCAGAACAUUGGCGGCAAAUGCCGCUGCGCAAGGGCACCACCUGACACAGAGCAGCGCAGUUCCGGGUCCUAGCUCGCUCCGGUUGCGGGCAACGGCAGCCGUUUCGGGGACUUUGCUCCAAGGCCAACGGCAAGUCCGCGUCGGUAGCCCAUUCGCCCCCGUCUCUUUGUGGGGCGGGGACGGCGGCAGGGUCGGCGGGAGGGUCGGCGGGAUGGCGGCCUCGCAUAGGCCAGAGUGCGGUGGAGGCAAUGGCAGUUGGUCGCCCGGGCUCAUCUCGCGGACCCGUUCCUCGGGACAGGAGUCCGUUAGCCCUGGCCUUCAAACUUCCGGGCGCCCCGCGACAUGAGAAAUGCCGGGCGUCGAGGCUACUCUGCGGUAUCGAUUGCCUGCUUGUGGAGACAGUUGGUGCGUCAGGCCGUUGGCUAACCGAGGGUGACGACAUGAGGCCAAUGAGUGGUGCUUUUUCAUGUACAUAACUAGGGUUCCAAUUGCAAUUCCAGAAAGUUUCCAACGG